CAUUGUCGCCGUUCAAUUUCCGAGUGACAUGAGGAUAUUGACGUCGCUCUACUAGAAAAUGAUUAGGUCGGAUUACAGACGUAGUUCGAAAUCGUAGAUUACAGUUCACCGUCAAAGUCGAUCCCAUGUGCGCGGAACAGCUGACACACGACAAACAUAACCUAAAAAAAUUAUUUGCUUUUCCGGUAGUGCGAUUUGGUGUUGAGGUUUCGAUAAGUUUUCGCUUGCCAGUGGUACCGUUCGGUUUUUCCGCGAGGCCAAUUGAAUCUAGUUCGAGUUAGCAGCGUAACCCUUAUACAGAGUGUCCCGAAAUUAGUGGGCCAACUUAUAACUCUCGGACGACACUAAUUGGCCUCCGGGGGACCGACGAAGAUGGCGUUGUGACGGGAUUACGUUUUUCGAGACGUGCGUUAAUUAUAUACGUGGAAAAAUAACCCGGGAUGAUAUAUCGGACAAUACGGUGGCGACGAGCGUCGGGAUGCCACUCCCGAUUUAGUUUUGGUUUUUAGUCUUCGUCGUGUUCGGUUUCCAUCUAGUCGCGACGGUUCUUUCAUAGAAAAGGAAGUCGCGUGAUGUGCUCGAAAUGCAGUCGCUGCUGCAGCAAGGGUUUGGGAGACGACGACGACGAUGAUUUCGCUUCGUCGGAAGAAUGUUCAGAAGAAGAAUGGAACUCGGAUGGAAAAUCUGGGAGAGGCAUUGACGGAGUUCGUAGUGACAAUGAAGGUGGCGAGGUAAGAAGUCGGGGUCGUAACCCACGGCGUGACGACCCACGUAGACAUACGUUGGGGGCAGGCGGAGCCGAACAGCAUUAUCUGGCAGCCAUGGCACAAGGCGGUCCUCUAUCCAGAACCAUGGACCUAGAGGGCCAGUUGCGAGGUUAUCCCCUACCUUCGAACGCGAUGCUCUUCGAUGACGAUCCCGGAAUCAUGUCAGAAGUGGAGACAAGCUCGACGGGGUUCCGCAGAGGAGGAAAACAAAGGAGUUCGCUCCCCGUGGUGAGAACUCCCAGCAAAACUUUGGAACGACCUCUAGGAUUGGUAUUUCUUCAAUAUCGUAAUGAAACUAAACGAGCGCUUCUGCCAAACGAGAUUACGUCUAUCGACACCGUCAAAGCACUCUUCGUGAGGUCGUUCCCGAAACAAUUGACAAUGGAAUAUCUGGAUUCGCCGAACGUUAAGAUCUACAUCCACGACUCGUCAAAGGAUAUGUUCUACGAGUUGGAAGAUUUGAGGUCGCACCUGCGUGAGAUUAGAGAUCGUUCCGUCCUCCGACUCUUCGAAUCUGCUGACGUUUCGGGCGGUCUGCCGAUGGCGGGGAUCGGGAUCGCAGGCGGAGUCGGCCAUUUUGAAGAUCCCAGUUACUUUUCCGAACCCGAAUUUGACUCGGAGUACCAACACCAACACAUCCAUAAGAGCAAGGCAAGCGGCAAGGCAGCACCUUACUACAUGGGUUCGACGGCUAGCUUACCCAGAGGAACUACGUUCCUGAGAACGUAUUCUCCUGCAGUCUCCAGCCUUUCCGCCGAUCGAAUGAAACCUGUACCGACAGGUGCGCCCCCAAAACCGCAACGGGCUUACAGUAGCGGAUCAACCCCGGGCAGAAACGCGAGCGACGGCCCCGCCCCUCGACCACCUCCAGACCGAUUCGCCCCUUUCCAAAGGCCCGCCAACCCCCUCUAUGUGCCAGAUGGUUAUAUGUCAUCCCCAGAGAGAGGUUCCAGGUACGAAGAUCCAUACUACAGCCAAUACGCUCCCAGAUCUGGGUCAAUCACUCCUGUAAUAGACGAAGAAAUCAGUGAUACAGAGCUGCUGGACGAAUCGUACUCUUUAUACGGAGUUAAAGCGGCUCCUCCGGCUACAGGUCCGAGGUCGACGACGCGAGGAACGUUUCCAGCACCAGCAGCAGUUCCGUACGAUGCUACCAGGUUGCGGGUGGAGCACAUGGAACGACAAUUGGCCAAUCUGACGGGCUUAGUUCAGAAGGCGCUCACUCAUCCGGCGGGUCAUCUUCAGGUGCCCGUUAGAGAAGGUUACAGAGGAGAUGAGUUCGAUAAGAACUCCAGCUCGAGUUCAGCUUCUUUACCAGAUGAUACGUACCUUCGUUCUGAAACCAAAACUCCCAAACUGGGUAAAAGCGGAUGCCAUAAGUCCGUUUCAUUCGAGAAGUCGGUCUCCUUUAGCGACGAGCCGCCCGACAUGAAUUCACCCAAACAGCACAGCCCUCAACAUGCAGCGGAUACAAAGCCUGCCAAACCCGCCAUUAAAUCAUCCACACUCCCGAGGACUUCGUCUCAGGAACGAGACCGACUGAAACCGGCGCCUCCGCCGAAACCGGCUUCACUCUCGCCUGGCCAGUAUGACAGCAGGAUCUACAGAGACUUGCAGCUCACGCCGGAAAUGUACAAUCAGCUGCGCGGGUUGCAAAAGAAAGCGAAAGAUUUGCGUGCGGAAGUAAGAAACUUGCGACGCAUGUCACAGGCGCAGGCGCAUUCGGUGAAGGAAACAAUCAGGGAUACUUUUAUCAAAAUACGGGCUAUGCUGCUCGCCGGAGGCGAACAAGUCUGGCAAGCAGAGAUGGAUCAGGAAAGAAUGCGGCUCACACGCGAGGAGGACCUCUACAAGCAGGAGAUGCUGAGAUUGGAGAAGGAUUUAGGAGAACUCGAGUCUACCGUGGAAGAGCUCCGGGGGAACGUCAUUAAUAGAAAAACGAGGGUUAACAUGUCAGACGUGGAAAAUAUGGCCCUAAUUUUAAGCAAGAGUUCGAAAACUGUUGCCGAUUUAAAGUUAAGAUUUCCCGGCCUACAAGACAGUAUGAAAACCCUACUGUCUACCGAAAUGGACAAGAUGAUGAGGGAGGAGAAAUUCUUGAAGGAAGAACCGGAAAGAUUAGAAAGCGCUCUGAGACGCUGCAAGAAGUUGACGGGUACUCUCGUUACGCUCAAAAGAUUAGCCAGUGUUCAAGAACAACGAUUGCCAUGCUCAAACUCGAAUAAUGACGGCAGACUGUCGCCCACCGCGAUCGAAACGCCGCCUAUUACGCCAUCUUCGCAACACAGCAAGCCCCCUACCGCACCACGUAUGGGGUCGCUCGUCCUCGGGGGAGAAUGCCCCGUCGGCGCCGACGGUGCCCAGCGUCCGGAGAACGCGCUCGACGCUCUGUUAGACGAGCUGCAGACCUUUUCCAAACCCCACCCCGGUACCCAAUCGUCCUCUGACAGUUCCGAACCGCCCGCGAUCCCAGCCAAAGGUAUUCCGCCCGUAAGGGCUCCGCAAAUGGCCGAAAUCGGCAGGAAGGGUAGUAUGGAUUCCGCCUCCUUCCUGCCGAGCAAUAAUUUGACGGUUAGCACGUCCACCGGUAGCUUGAGACGAUUGCAUUCGUACCCCAGCGGAUCGGAUACCGACAACAGUCCCCCCAUCCAGCCGUUGCAGAGUAGCAAAACGAAUAGCAAACCCCCCAUUCCAGAGAGGAAUGCCGAACUACUUCAGCAUCUAGCCAUGGGGAAACGAGUGCCACCCCCACCGCCGCCUAGAACCAGUUCCAAGUCACCGCUGGCAUCACCAACGUCUCCCAGUUUGCCGCCGAGGUCAGCGCAGCAUAACCAGACCAACGAGAAGCCCAUAUCCCAGUUCGAACAGGCGACACAAAACCUGGGACUGCAGACUUUGAGGAGGAAUAUCCCCAAUAGGUCCAGCGUUAAGGCGCAGACUUUACCGAGGAAUUUGGGAUCGAACCUGCAGGUGCCGAACGAUUCCUCGGACCCGAUAUCGGCGAGCAACAGCAGUAGUUGCGAGAGCGUCAAUUCGCAGGAUAGUACGAAAAAAACGAGGAAGGAAGAGCUCGAGCAACGUCACCAAGAACUGCUGAAGAAGCAGAAAGCACUCCAGGAACAGUACGCGAGAUUGCAACAGCUGCAACGAGGCAACAAUACGUUGGCGGUUAUCCCUCCCGCUCCGGACCAGCUGCUGAAGAAAACAGGAAGCGAAUCGAACCUGCUUCAGAAGAUGGGUUUCCAGCUGGCCACUUCGCAGAUCACGGGAUCGUUAAACAACAUCCCCAAUACGACUUCGAGCACAGUCAACAAACCUACCUUGACCAGUACGAACAACCCUAAUCCUGCUCAGGGCGCGAACGAGCACCAACCGGAAGACAGUGGCGGAGAGAAGAACGGCAAUCAAACCGCAGAGACGAAAACCAGCAAGGUGUACGAAACGGAGAUACUAUGACCUACCAACGCGGAAAGUUUGCAGCUCAUACGUUGAAAAUUUUUGCACGGAUACUUCAACGCUCAUAUCACAAAUUUUGGAUUGUUGAUUCUUUUUUCUAGUUGAAUGUUAGGUGUUGAACGCGGAUAUUCGGUUAAUCUUAAUUUAUUUUAUUAUUAAUAUAAAAUUAAUUAUCCAUAUAGCUGUUAAUGUGAGGCAUUUAAAUGAUGACACUAUAAAUUUGGUACGGGUCCAUCGGAAACGUGUCUACCUAAAUCGACAUGACUCCCAAAAAGUAAACCAGAGUGGUGCCAGGAAUUUGUACUUUAAAUGAUUUUCUGAUCGACCAUUCUUGUCCAUUCAUGAAGAGCCUUGUCUUUUAGAGUUUGAAGAAUAUAUCCUUAGAUAGGUAUAGAGAGCGUGUGAAAAGCACACCGUGAUCUUUAAAAUGCAGAGUAUUUCUAUGGUGCUGUCUUUGGUUUACUAUCAUAGGGUCAGUCAGACUAAAAGGUGCCGUUUUAUUUUAUACCAAACAAUUCUAGUCAAAAUAGUAUAAAUAUCCUUAAUAUAAUUACUAUAGAAUAAAAGAUGAUUUGUCAAUACUUAUGGUUUAAAGUAAAUUUUAUAUUCCAAACUAUGUGUUCACCAGCCCAUUGUAACAUGUUGAGAAAUUUUUAGCUGUUUGCACAAAACUUAUUAAAAUUUUCACAGUGUAAAUAUCGACAUUUAGAUGAGUUAAAAAACAAACGAAACAACAAACCAGACCUGUAAAUAACAAGGGUUAAUCCAAAAUGAACGUUUCAGUUUUGGUGUUUUGAAAGUCCGAAUGGAUCUUGCUCAAAAAAAAAGCACCUUACUUUGACCUUGUCUUAUGAAGAAAAAAUCCAACCUUUCGCGAAGUUGUUCAUUUUGUUCUUACGAGGGAAUUUCUUCCAAUCUAUCACUAUGAGUCCUCCAUUCGUAAUAUCGCAGCUUACAUGUAAUACUAAUAACAAUUAACAAUGCCUGUAUUUUUGGAAAUUGUUACCUUAGAUCUAAUCACAAGUGAUUAGUUUUUGUUACAAAAAGUCGCAACAUAUAGUAGAACGGAACAAACAGCAGAACAUGUACAUAUAAGACAAUUACCGUGGAUAAACGCAGUGGCUACAUUAAUAUUUUGGGUGCCAGUAAUGUCAUUGAAGACGGAUAAAUGUAUAAAUAAACACGAUUAAAACAAAUGGCCUUUUCUUCAAUCCCUCAUGAAACGACCAGACGCAAAAUCAGAUUGGAAAACAACACAAUUUACUUCCGGGAGUAAUUUUUACAUAAUUUUCAAAAGCACGACAAAUAACUCGCAAAUUAACUAGAUCCUGCCCUGACUA